AGUAGUUUUGGCUUAGCUGACUGCAAGAACAGCCGCGCCAACACGACUUAUGCAUCAUUAGCAGUUUACAGCCUUUGUUAAUGGAAAUGCACUUGAACUAAACUCAUUUUUGUAACAAUGGGUGGAAAGAAAAAGAAGUCGGCAGCAGUGCCCACGGGUGUGCAGCCUUUGAAUGCAUCCGAUGGAGCAUCUGAAUCUACAAACAGAAAACAACAACCAAGACCAAAUCAUGAGAAAUCAACCUCGAAAGAAAGCAAGCCAAGAGGUCCUAAAACGUAUAGUCUCAACACUAACGCACAGGCUGACACGGUGACUGAUAAAUCAAUUCUAAAGGUUUUCAUUCAGCCAGAACUGGAAAAGAAGGUGAUCAAGUUGAUCAAUGAUUACAGACAAGAGCAUGGUGACAAAGGGCCAAUAUCUGGGAGACUCACCACUAAAAAGUUGCUGGAUUUGUAUACUGCCCUGCAGAAGUUCCAGUUUAACACUGAACACAUCGAGGAGGCUAUGAAGAGCAGUGUGCUGUAUGGAGGUGAUCUGCACUCGGCACUCGACUGGCUCUGUCUGAAUCUCAGAGAUGACGAGCUACCAGAGGGUUUUAGCCAAAAGAUGCAAGAGGAGAAGCAGAAGACUCGGCCCAAGUUCCAGCCUCAUACAGAAGAGAAAAUACAGUCAGAGGCCAAGAAGGAGGCACCCAAAGAGGAUGUGAAACCAAAAGCAAAGACUCCUGUAAAAGACGACAGUGCCAGUAUGAAGGAGUGGAUACUGCGUUAUGCUGAACAGUCUGAUGAUCAGAGCAGUGAAGAAGAUGAAGAGAAUGACAUGAGUGUAUCUAACCCAGAGCUGGAGGAGAAGUUUGAUCCUAAUGACAGGUAUCUGGUGCUGACUGCUCAGCUUUAUGACGCAAAGGAGAUGGCAGCACAAUCUAAAGCCAAGAAAGAUAAAUCAGGACAGAGAACAGCACAAGACCGUAUCAGAGUCAUACAGCAAGAAAUGAAGUCUUUGGAGUGUCAUCCAGUGUUUAAUUCAGCAAUUAAGGUUAAAGAUGCUCCUAAAGAAGAAAAAAAGCCAGUGACACUUAAUUAUGGAAAGGAGGAACUCAACUUCUCCCUCUUUGAGCAGGCAGACACACCACCAGCAGAGAAAAUGGAUAAAAAAAAGAAAGAGCCCAAAGACAUCCGUAACUUUGACUACACGUCACGGAGCUGGACUGGCAAGUCACCCAAACAGUUUCUCAUUGACUGGUGCAGGAAGAACCUUCCAAAGAGCCCUCCACCAUCAUUUGAGAAAGUUGCUGUGGGGAGAUAUUGGAAAUGCAGAGUUCGUAUUCAGAGGCCAGGUGACGUGCUGGAGGUGUGUCCCACUAUCGUGACUGAAGAUGGUAUGCAGGCCCAGCAUUUAGGAGCCACAUUAGCCCUGUAUAACCUAAUCAAAGGACAGCCUGUGCAUCAGCUGCUCCCGCCCACCUACCGUGAUGUUUGGCUUGAGUGGCGAGACAGCCAACAUAAAGAGGAGGAGGAAACCCGGUCGGCCAUUAACAAACCACGUGAUCAGUUCAUCGCACGUCUGCUCACUCGGCUCAAACAGCAGCAGGCCCACCAACCGCAAGCUGAGCUGCAGAAAGAUCUCCAGGAUGCUGGAGAUGAGCCUGAAGACUCCUGGGAAAACCUGGACAUGCAGGAGGACUUCAAGCCCCAGUGUGGAGGAGGCCUCGUGGUGGAGGAAGCGUCCCGGAGGCUGUUCCUCAAACUGCGGAACUCGGCUCUGGCUUGCAGGCUGCUGGCCGAGAGAAAGCAGCUACCUGUGUUCCAGCAUCGAGAGCGGGUGCUGGAGGCUCUACGGCGCCACCGUGUAGUGGUGGUCGCUGGGGAGACAGGAAGUGGAAAGAGCACCCAGAUUCCUCAGUUUAUUCUGGAAGAGCUCUUAGCGGGAGGGGAGGCCGCUCAGCCCUGCAAUGUGGUGGUGACGCAACCCAGAAGGAUUUCAGCCAUGAGUCUGGCGAGCAGGGUGUCACAGGAGCUGGGUAGUGAUGACAGACCGGGAGGCAAGAAUUCACUGUGUGGAUAUCAAAUCCGGAUGGAGAACCGGUCUGGGGAUUCAACACGACUGCUGUACUGCACCACUGGAGUUCUGCUGCGGAAACUACAACAGGACCGACUUCUUACAACACUCACACACAUAAUCGUGGAUGAGGUUCACGAACGCAGCGUACAGUCAGAUUUCCUCCUCACCAUACUAAAGGAAGUGGUUCACAAACGCUCAGACUUGCAUCUGAUUUUAAUGAGUGCUACAGUUGACUGUGAAAAAUUCGCCAACUACUUCAACCGCUGCCCAGUGGUCACCAUACCAGGCAGAACUUUCCCUGUGGAGGUGUUUCAUCUGGAAGAUAUCGUGGAGGAGACCGGGUAUGUUCUGGAGCAGGACUCAGAGUAUAGUCUGAAGUUCAUGGAGGAGGAAGAGGAAGUCAAUAUCAAUAUAACACAGAAAGGAGGAAAGACUGUUCAGCACCAGGAGUUUAUUGUGAAGGACUCUGGGUCAGGCUGGAAUCUGGGCCCUGAGUUGGAUCACUUCAGCAGUCGCACACGACACGCCCUGCAGUACAUGAACCCCAAUAAGAUUAACAUGGAUCUGAUCUUAGACCUGUUGGCCUACCUGGAUAAGUCACCACAGUUUCGUGAUGUGGAUGGUGCAGUUCUAGUGUUUCUCCCAGGCCUGGCUCAUAUUCAACAACUGUAUGAUCUGCUGACUGUUGACAAGAGAUUCAACACAAAGGACAGAUAUAAGCUGGUAGCCCUGCACUCCACACUGUCAUCCCAAGACCAAUCUUCUGCAUUUACAGUGCCCCCUGCUGGAGUGAGGAAGAUUGUGCUGUCCACAAACAUUGCUGAGACCGGCGUCACUAUUCCUGACGUGGUCUUUGUCAUUGACACGGGAAAAACAAAAGAAAAUCGAUAUCAUGAGAGCAGUCAGAUGAGUUCUCUGGUGGAGACGUUUGUGAGUAAAGCCAGCGCCCUCCAGAGGCAGGGCAGGGCAGGACGUGUACAAGAGGGGUUCUGUUUCCGCCUGUAUCCCAAAUUCAGGUUUAAUAGUUUCAUGGACUAUUCUAUCCCUGAGAUUCUGAGAGUGCCUUUGGAAGAGCUUUGCCUUCAUAUUAUGAAGUGUGAAUACGGCUCUCCAGAAGAUUUCCUUUGUCGAGCUUUGGACCCCCCUCAGCAGCAGGCCGUGUGUAACGCUGUCAGUCUGCUGAGGAAGAUCGGUGCAUGUCAGCAAGAUAGCCACACCCUGACACCUCUCGGCCAUCAUUUGGCCACCCUUCCUGUCAACGUCAAGAUCGGCAAGAUGCUCAUCUUUGGCGCCAUCUUUGGCUGCCUGGAACCAAUUGCCACCAUUGCAGCAGCCAUGUCUGAGAAGUCACCCUUUGCAACUCCUAUGAACAGAAAAGAAGAGGCCAACUUGGCGAAAUCUGCUCUAGCAGUCGCAAACUCAGAUCACACGACCAUAUACAAUGCUUACCUUGGGUGGAAGAGUGCACGGAAUGAGGGAACUCGAGCUGAGAUGAACUACUGCAGGAGACACUUCCUGAAUCGCACAGCCCUUAUUACCAUUGAGGAUGUGAAGCAGGAACUCAUCAGGAUGGUGGAGCUGGCGGGUUUCAUUGCUUCAAAGUCUGGCCGAACUCCCCGCCCUUGUCCCAGCUCUGAGCCUAAAGCCCUUGGCUCGCUCUCCAAGCAGGACAUCUCUGUUCUCAAUGCCGUGUUGACUGCAGGUCUUUACGACAGCGUGGGCCGUAUCCUAUGCACGCCCUCUCUGGACAUUAAGGAACGGGUGAUGUGUGUGGUUGAGACGGCUCAGGGGAAGGCCCACGUUCACCCCUCCUCAGUCAACCGCUUCCUACAGACCCACGGUUGGCUGCUUUUCCAGGAAAAGGUGAAGUACUCUAAGGUGUUUCUUAGAGACACUACAUUAAUCUCCCCUUUAUCAAUGCUGCUGUUUGGAGGAGACAUUGAUGUGCAGCACCGGGAAAGACUCAUCUCUCUGGAUGGAUGGAUCUACUUCCAGGCUCCAGUCAGAAUUGGUGUGAUCUUCAAACACCUCCGUAAGCUGAUCGACUCCCUCCUGGAGAGGAAAUUGGCCAACCCCAAGAUGAAUUUGGAAGAUGAGAAGACCAUACACAUCAUCACAGAGUUGAUCAAGUCAGAAAAUAUGCUCUGAGGAAGUGCCUCUUUGUAUUCUAUCAUGAACUGACUGUACUGCCCUACAAAGCUAAAACACAGUAACUAUGCCAACACUGAAAUGUUUUUUGAUUGUCCAGUCAAGUGUGGAUUAUAAAACAGUCUCAUUCCAUUUUCUCUGAAUCUGAGCAUAGUGGAGUCAAACCCGUUUGUAGUCUUAGAGACUUGAUUUCGGUCAUAAGUCAGUUUUAACAUAGUGUGUAGUGACUGUGUUUUGCCUUUGCAGGGAAGUAAAAAUGAAAUGGUGAUAAACCUCACUGAGGGGUUAGCUUGUAAAUUGUGUUGCCAAACCAGAAUAAAAUUAACAUUUUAACAUAAACAAAAU